CAAAAAUUCGUUUAUGCACACCGUUCUCCGAUGAUACCAUUUGAAUGGAUACAAGAUCCUGAAAACUGCCAAUAGUGUGGCCAACGAUUAUGGCUUGACUAUCGCCCAAGCCAGGCUGUUGUUCUUUUUAGAGCCUGAGGAAAGUCUGUACUUUGGAGUUGGAAGUAUAGUUACUAUACUCGUAUACCGAUCUUAGAUUUCCUUGCCCCAACGCCUCCAUCCGAAAUAAUAAAACGAUCUAGGGCAAUCAUACACUUCCACUUUGCCUUGGAAGUAGGAAUACUGAAGGCAUCGGUCAAAGUGUUCUAGCUGAAGGGUGGUUGGGGGGUUACGGCUCUACCCCCCUCGGCAAUCUCAACGGAAAUGGAAAGCGGGUUUCUUGGAGCCUUUCUGCUCCGUAGAAAUCGGGGAGAAAAAAGGUCGGAUAGUUUGGCAAGUUUUGUUUCGACGAGCAAUUGGCGUCAUCAGGUUGCCUUGGAGUCUGUGAGUGGACUAUGACGCAACUUGUGGCUUUUGGCAUGAGUGAAACCAGGCCAAUUAUGGCGAUCGCUGUCACAUCUGAACAUCACCAUACGCAGUUAUGCAUAGUUAAACCUUAGGGCGAAAUCGAGGCAGCCCUAAGCUAAACUGGAACGGUGCUGAUAACAGCGAAGAGGCUGGGGGGUUGGUUCACUUAUUAUUAGGGUUUGAAAUCUGCGUUCGUUGAGCCACAGAAGUAAAUAUUAUUCCAAGAACAGUUAAGCGCGAUAUAUUACAGUUCUAUUUUUAAUCCACAACGACUAGUAACCUUCUCAGCCGCCUUUACGCCGGAAUGUAUUGCGCAUUACGCGGUAUUUACCCAGAUCUCGGCCGCUUUAGUCAUCCAAUAACUAAAUUGUGAGACUUUUUAUAUCAAAACCCUCCACUUCUAUACGAAUGGCCCUGCUGUUUGCUGGCCCAGUUGAGGCAACUCUCCCGCCAAGCGGACCUCGGCCAUGGGAACAAUCCAUGAUUUUUUAUUAUUUUUUAUCCCACGAACCAUGGUGGGCUGGGCAACGACGAUUGCUCCAGUUGCAACGCCCGUCUUGUCUCUUGUGGCUGCAUCAGCUGGUGGCACGCCUUCGUCAUUGAGGCGUUGCAGUAAACUUUUCUCCUCUGGCCUGGGAAGAUCUCCCUCAACAACCAAGUCUCGUUUCUCUUCGUGGGGCUCUUGAAUACCCUUGGGUAUUAUUCAUCGAGGGGGGGAGAUGCAAGUCCUGUUCUCCGUCAAGUUACUGGGACACUAGAGACUUUAGACCCAUGGAGUCUCAAUAUCUUGGGCAACAAUGAUAAACCCGCUGAAAAGGGUAUAAAUAUUCAUAAAGGGAGCGAUGUUCCCUUUCUUUCAGUCAACGUCCUAUUUGCCUACACUCGUUUGAAGAUUAUAUCUUCUUAUAGAAGUUUUUACACUUUGUUCUCUUGGACAAAUCCGCUCGCUUUCAGUGAUUAGCUAGUCUUAACUGUCGCUAUCUUGGCUUCGGACGCUCUCAAAAAAGCCAGCUUAUAGCCCACACCAUAAAUCUCUUGACGGAGUGCUCUGAUUCUCGUCAUGAGGGUGUCUGCAACGCUUUUCGUGGCGGCCGUCGCCGAAUUUGCGUUCGCGCUGCCAGGAAAGUAUCCUCCUUAUGGGGAUCCCGUGUCGUCGGAGACUCAUUCAAGCUAUCCGGUUCCUCCUGUGACGGACUCGUAUCCUGCUUACUCGGAGCAUACCUCGGUUGACUCUUAUUACCCGACUCUUCCUCCCAGUGAUACGAGCUCGUACCCGACUCCACCUCCAGUUACAUACUCAUCAUUCUCAUCAUAUCCAGUUGCGCCUCCAUCUUCCUCGAAACCACCUUCUGUGACGGACUCGUCUUACCCAGUCCAUCCGCACAGUACCACGAAGUCUUAUCCAGUUCCACCUUCCAGUGGGACGGGUUCCUAUCCAGUUCCUCCAAAAGUUACGAGUUCAUAUCCAGUUCCCUCUUCUUCACACCCAGUCACCACCCCUCCUAUUAUUACGGACUCCUUCUCCGUCAGUCCCUCUAGUAGUGCUACAGGUUCAUAUCCAGUUCCUCCAAACAUUACGGAUUCAUAUCCAGUUCCCCCUUCUUCACACCCAGUCACCACCCAUCCUACUAUUACGAAGUCUUACUCCGUCCAUCCUACCAAAACCACGUAUAGAGUUACAACUUAUACUGUAACGGAUACGAUAACCAGAACAAAGUGGUUCCCCCACUCGACACCUACCACUUCCUCGGGUGGCCAUACUUACUAUACUACCUGGGAAACUGCUUCUACCUGGACGACAACUACGUGGUAUACUACUACUAAGACGCUCACCCUACCUACUUACACUCCUCCGCCUCAUACUUACACUCCUCCGCCUCCUACUUACACUCCUCCGCCUCCUACUUACACUCGCACAUCCGAGUGUCCUCCUUAUUGCCUAACAAGCUGCCCGACAGUUUACACGGUUACCACCACCGUCACUAAGUGCGGUGGCGAUGCUUGCGGAGGAUGUGACGUCGAACCGUCGUAUACAGUAACAUCAUCACCCUAUCCUACUGGGACGAGCAGUGAUGUCAAGUCCUCAUAUCCAGUGACAUCGUCAACAUAUCCUACUGGCACGAGCAGUGAUGUCAAGUCCUCAUAUCCAGUGACAUCGUCACCCUAUCCUACUGGCACGAGCAGUGAUGUCAUGUCCUCAUAUCCAGUGACAUCGUCACCCUAUCCUACUGGCACGAGCAGUGAUGUCAAGUCCUCAUAUCCAGUGACAUCGUCACCCUAUCCUACUGGCACGAGCAGUGAUGUCAUGUCCUCAUAUCCAGUGACAUCGUCACCCUAUCCUACUGGCACGAGCAGUGAUGUCAUGUCCUCUUAUCCAGUGACAUCGCCACCAUAUCCUACUCCUAGCUCUCACAUUGAGCCUCCAUAUUCAGAGGCAUAUCCUACCCAUUCUGGGUAUCUCAGAGAACGGAGGUUCGCUCUUCCGGUCUUCUUCUAAAUGAAAUAUAAACGACAACUUGUGGCACGCGCGGAGGGGAGAUAAGCCCAUCGUCCAUGCUUUAAAUAUUUUUACUCCACGCCCAGUUAUGUUAAUUUGAUAUUACCGUACAUUUUAUCCCUCAUGAUUGAUUAUACCUCGUAUCUCCUAAUUUUCAACUUAUAUCCAUUUACCUUCCUAUUUUACCUUUAACCAAACCCCUUUCUUUUCAUCAUCAUGCGUUUCUCAAAUUAUGAGUAUACGUCUAGCAUCAGCGGCAUUUCGACUACUGUCCUUCCUUUAAUGACGCCCCCAUGGCUUCUAAUGAUUUGUGACUUCAUUUUUACAGUUUUUUUUCUUGACUUUGAUGAGGGGCUCUCUUCCAUGGUCGGACCGUCGAUGUACAUGAUUUCUUUGAAACGCACCAACACUCCUUACGCAUAUCAGAAUAUCAAAAAAUUGGCGUUAAUUUCUUUUCUUUUUUCUUAUGACAGGAUGAACUUGAUAUUCAUUAACCUACUUGUUUUAUCAAGGGAUAGUAUCAGAUUAGGAUCUUACUUUCUUAUAAGCAAAAUAAAUAUGCUUAAAUUAAAAGGAAGGCUAGCCUCAAGAACCUCUUAAAACCACACGCGAUGUAACAAUGAGGAAUUAUCAUAUAGUUAUCGAAGGAGAGUACAGGCGCAGUUUCACUAGUACAUUACAUCUAAGCACUCUCCUCCCUUGCCUCCGCUCCCCUUCGGACGGACGGGCAACAAGCCAGUCCGAAUUACUUCAACACAACCCCCCCCCCCCUCCUCUGUCUCCGCGUACAAACCGUCUCCCUCAAAAACCUUACCAAGGCCUCCGUAUCCUCAGCCUCCGCAUCAGACUCAUUCCGUAUCUCAAGCGAAAACUCCAUCAGUCCCCUCAGGCGCCGGAUGGGACGAUGCCACUCAGCGUCCAGCGACCGAACCGGGCCAGCAGGCAGCGACACCAGAACAAGCAUGAGGAACCCUUAGUCCAUACAUUUUCGUCGCCAAUAUAUCGCAGAACUCAUCAUAGACGUUCCUCUCCUCGUCCUUGUUGUAGCUACUAUCCGCCGCCACCGACGAGGCCCACAGCAUCGGUCCCACCACUGUCUUUGGUUGGCUCCCCCUGCUACUGAUGGUGGAAGCGGGCGGUCCGGAGCAACUCUACGCCAGCUAGAGGUGGACGGGUGGGUGGCGCCCGGAGGAAUCUGACAUGUGAACAGGUUCUCCGGCCCGAUGAGCUUGGCGAAUGGAUUCCAUGUCUCCUGGAAGACAGGCGUGGAGUAGAAGAGAGGGGCGGCCUCAUUGUGGAUUUGGUGGCAUGUUAGGAGGAAGGCUGGAGACCUGCGACCUGCAACCUGUCGACUGAGCAUUGAAAGUAAAAAUGAUCAUAUUCGUUGCGCCUAGUUCGGCUUCGUAGAGGGUAUGCGGAUAUGACUGAUACGGCCCUUGUUGUGCAAGAGGUGGAUUGUAUCGCGGCCGAAGAUGAGUUUGUAGAUUAGAACGCGGAUUUCAGGGGGUAUCCGGGUGAGGAAAUAAGAUUCCUGUAUAGUCUUGGGUGGUGGUGUAGGCAACGGGAGGAGUCCUGGUCACGAAACCGCGGAACGUUUCUAUGAAGUUCAACAUUGAUCUGACACUGGGUACGAAUUGCAAGUCUUUUGGAAGAAGGGCACUUAGUAGGGAAUGAUACCGUAAAAAAUAUAUGUGUGUCCGGGAUUCGAACCUCCUCUGAGAACGUCAAAAAAUUAAACCCAGCAGAGGCCAGCCAAAGUUAUGUAGUCACACAGAAUUAGAAGUAAAUAUUGAGGCCUUGGGGGCGAUACUCAGAUAGGUCCCCAUGAAUCUUCCAAAAGCACUCGAUACAUAGACUCAGACAGGCAGGGUUGAUUUCCGCCUUGCAUCGCCGACUCUCCGGAGGCCUUCAAAUAUAAAAGGCUCCCAGGCUGCUGGAUAAAUAGAGCCUAUCAAGCUCCAGCAUCGCGGGCACGUUGGAAGCUCCCUUCAAGGUGAGCUGUUCGGCAAGCCGCGAUCUGGCCGUUUUGCAACGGCGGGAGAAGGAUGAUUCGUCAGGAUUCAUCAUUGAAUCAAAGCUCCAUCCAAUCCAGUCUUGCGACGUCGUCGCACACCUACAGACAGACAGGCUAGUCUUUGGGCGUUGAUUGGGCUUUUGAGUCCUUCAUAAUAAGUACUGCGUAGUUACCAGUUAUUCGAUCGCUACCUGCUGUUAAAUAUAUCCUAUUCCAGCAACAGGAAGCAACAGGCAAGACGAAUAUGAUUCUUGAGGCGCUUUAUAAAUAGCUGAAACAGGCGCACAAGGAUUGGAACCUGGCCGUCCUCAACGCAUCCCCGUGGGAAUGAAUUGGCGCUGGACACACGGUGGGAUAGUUGAUUGUUUUGAUUAUUAUUGUUUUGAAGGCUAGGAAUUCAAAUAAUGUUUGAAACUCUUUAGAUUUGUUUAU